AUGACAGUCCGGGAGUAUACAACAAGUUUUACAGAAAAAGCGAGGUUUGCCGAGCACUGUGUUUCGACUGAGGAAAGAUGCGUAGAGCGGUACAUCUGGGGACUGAAAGCAUCCAUCCGGGAAUUUGUUCUCACUAUGAGUCCAACCACAUUUCAAGAGGCAGUAAACGCUGCGGAAAUUCGAGAGAAAGAGAUGAAUCGUCAAAAUGCUGAGCGGGGCCAAAUAAAAAGAAAAUGGGAAGGUUCGAGCAAUGAAACCAGGAAGCCAAAGUUUCUGGGUUCAGAAAAGAAAACAUGGCAAGGGCAAGCUGCUAAACUAUGUCCUAAAUGCAACCGUGUGCACAAUGGAGAAUGCAUGAUUAAGCCGAGGAUGUGUUACCGAUGUGGGAAGCCAGGACAUCUGUCUCAGGAUUGCCAAGUUGAGCAAAGGGAGCGACUAUGCUUCAUUUGUAAGUCACCCAACCAUAUACAAACAAAUUUCCCUCAGCAGAAGAAUGAGCAUACUACAGGUCAAGGUGGGAAUCGAAAUGGAAAAAGGGAGGAAAGGCAACCUGAAGUACCUAAGUCAAAAGGAAGAGUCUUCCACAUGACAGCAAUAGAGGCCGAGGAGACACCAGACGUGGUGACAGGUACCUUUCUGGUCAACUCUGUACGUGCUAGAGUACUCUUUGAUUCUGGAGCAAACCGUUCUUUUGUGUCUACAACUUUCUGUGAUUAUUUGUAUAAAGUACCGAAGCCUUUGAGUUCAGCCAUAGAGGUAGAAACUGCCGAUGAUAAUAGGGUGAUAAUUAGAGAGGAGUAUGAUGACUGCAAUAUUCAGAUAGACGGUUGUUCGAUUCAAUAA